UGCAACUAGUACGACCGAAAGUCUCCGGGAUGUGGACCGCCUGGUGCAAGGUAUGAGUGAGAUCAACCAGAAACUGCAUACGGACCUUGUUCGGUACCUUCUAGUCUACUUCCAAGUAUUACUAUUAAUGUGAUACCCGCCUUAUUUUUCUACCGACCCACAACCACUGUAAAUUCGAUGUAAUAUUCGUGUCUCUAAUACCCAUACGACCCUGUUUGAAGUUGCUCCUCUUCAGCUACAAUCUAGGCAACCUCCUACUUCGCGAGCAUCUUCACGUAAAACCUGCUGAUAUUUUGCAGUUCCUUGUUGCUUCAGGCCGUCCGCUAAUCACUCCCGGACGACGUCCUUGCACUCUACCGCUGGCGUUAAUGACAAGGAGGAUGAAUGUAAAAAUAUGACACCGCAUCAACCUGCAUCCAGCGGCUGCUCGCAGCGUCGCGAGCCAACAUCCUUUGUCGCAGCGAAGGUCCCACAUGAGCACUUCAUGUUCACGCUUCCCAAGCGCUCUUCGUUUCCCCCACAUGUUGGAACAAUUCUGCGACAAAAAGUAGUGCAACCGCCACAGCAUCAACAUACGCAGGUAGAGCAACAGCUGCAAUUGCAAGCACCUUCUGCUAAGCCUGUAGGGCGCCAAGAAGGGCAGCGGCCAUCACCUCAAUACGCCCCUAUCAGUAGCAGCUCGAAAGCAAGCUCGUAUGUGCAUCAAUAUGGAGGUGUGAACUCUAAGGGAACCUCUUACGUGAUGCUUGGAUCACCAGAUUGGAUGCAGAUGAUGAGCCAGCCGAGUCCAUGCUGGGGAACUAUGCCACCUACGCCAACGCCUGCUGCAACGAGAAAGGACGCUUCUCCAACGCGUGGGGAGCUGCGCUCGAUGUCACAACCUCCACGAGCACCUGCAGCAAUGGCGCAGCAUCAUCAAAAUAUAGCUGUAGUUGCCAACGCUAGUUCUGCUCCUGCAACUAUAGUACCAGACUCGGGUCGUUCUGGUCCAGGAACAGCGCCGGCAUAUGCAUUGCAGGGUCCUGCAGCUGCCGCAAGUCCGGUCAUGCCCGCAGUUGUAUGUGGGACGGUCGUUCAGGUACGGUCUCAGCAACUUCAGCCAAGGAGUGUGCCAAUACUAAGGAUGGCUCCCAGGAGUAGUCAAAAUAUGAACACGACAAAAAAGACCCUGUCUCCCACAUCCUCUGCGCGUACGAUGAUGAUUGUACCAGGUCCACCGCAGCCGUCAGCUAUUGACCCAAGAUCUUCUAGCACAAGAAAGCGAGGAGUUUGGCGGCAUCCGCAGCUCGUUAAUCCUUUUCUAGACGUGAUCGCAACGCCGCGUUUUUUCAGUUCAUCAAAUCACGUGAUGCCAUCUCGCGUCGGUGUCACCGCAGCUGCGCCUGUUCCUUCCUGGUCCUCAGGUGGAAGUGUUGUGAUGGCUGGAACUGUUGGGUCGGGAUUAGCUCUUUCAGGAGUAGCCCCUCCAGGAGAAGCGCACGCAGCAGGAGCUGCGUACAGUCCUAUAGCUGCGGACGCUACAUGCGUCGUGCAGGCACCGUCAACAACGAGGUCAAACCUGGAACACCGAGACGGCCACGACCAACUACACCCGCCUGACUUGGGAUCGCCCCGAAGCUCUCCAAAUAGUGCGCAUAUGGCGGAUGAUCCUGUUCGUGGCCCGAACAGCAGCACGACGUCGCUGAGCCCCCUCCAGGGGCAGCUGGCACCAGCAUGGACCACGCAUGGGACACGGGUUUUAUUAGGCCAGACUCCUGAGGACGAUCGGUCAUUUCAUGAAGACCCUGCUCAGCGACGGAACAAAAACAGAGGCGUCACAGGCACAACUACUGCGCCACAAAUUAAUAUGAUGCAUCGGAUUGAUGAGAUUGAGAACCGACCCGAAUUAGGAAAACAUCGACUAAAUAAAACCCCUCGAACAAUGAACAGCAUGGGCAUGCUGGCCACCAGUAGACGCGGCGGAAAAAUAGAGAGCUGUCGCGAAGAGUCGAGAAGUGUUUCCGAGUCCAUCGGAAGCCUCUCAUCUGCGCGACGCACUGCUCGCCUCGCCGCUGCUGCUGGUGCAAUCUCUCCUAGAGGAGGAAACUCUAUUAGUUUGAAGCAACACCAACACCAAGAUCUUCAUGCGCAGGCUGCGAGCAGAUCGUAUGGUUCGUCAGUGGCCACAUCGCGAGCAGGGAGUCAGAGUGCACGUGAGAGAAGGUCGCCUCGAGGAAUAGGACUAGCGGGUGUUGCGGCGAACAGUUCUGGAGCCGCGAACUUCUCAGCAGUGCCGAGACCUGCAACGGCACCGGCACUGCAGCCUCCACCAAAUAGUCGACGGGCAAGGCUAAUGCAAGAUAGAGAGAACUACAACAGUUUGAUGGAAGCUUCGAUACAGGAGCAGUCGAUACAGGAGCAGUCCUCCUGUAGUGACUCGUUAUCGACAACAUCAGCCGCUGCAGGUGCGCAUCAUCGUGGUUCAAAUCUCAGAAAACCCAAGUUUUCGAGCAAAAAUCAUUCUUCUUCUGUUCCAUCACCACUUACUUCCAUGGCAAAUAGUGCAGGCGUUGACCCAGCUGCGAGCAGCAGUCGCGUGAAGAUUGGUACUGCGAUAGCAGAUCCACAUCUUCAACAUGCCGUACAAGGAGCAAGCAGCAAGCCAAACUCCGCGGGCGCAAUUGGCGACGCGGCGACUGGCCGAACGGCACGAUCAGGUCGCAGGUUGCUUGCCGAGGGAGAAAACGCGCCGGGUCACGAUACUAACAGAAAUUCCGAGCAACGGGCGAAGGACGGCGACCGGGCGCGAGAAAUUGCCGCCAUUGAGAUAGAACUACAAAAGCUGCGCAAAAAGAAGGCGGAGCGAGAGAGUAAAAAAGCAGAGGGGCAGAAAAAGACGGGAAUUGCGUCCGCGACUACAUGUUCUGGAGGCGGUGAAGAUGCUACAAGCAGUGCCCUGAUAACCAGUUCGGAUGGCUGUAGGAAUGGCAAUGUAGCUCAAGCUCACCUUGCAACUCCGAAGAGAACGGGCAGGACUCAAGCGGAAAAAGCCUCCGGUAGUGGUCCAAGUAACUCUGCCAUGAAGCGACCACCCGGAGCGGCUGACGAUGAACUUUCCUGCACACCGCUGUAUGCUAGCCCACCAAAGGGGCGGGCCCCAGGAGCCGGCCCAACAAGUGGCACUCAGACGAGGGUGGCUCCUGGAUACGUAGGAUUGCCGGAUGAAGCACCUCCGCGUCCUCCAUCUGCAGGUGCCGCGACAGCUGCAAGGAAUUAUCAAGGUCUCCUUAAUGAUGAUCAUGCUGACGCUCGUGUUGACCAGAAUACGCUGCAACACGCGGAAGCCACAGAUCAACAGAGAACUGCACCAUCUUCCUCUUCUGCAACUUCAGGCUCAGGAACCAAGAUUUUGGAAAUCAAAAGAUGUAAAUGGAUUGGUAGUAAGACCAGAACUUCCGCGAGUCUUCACGGUAAUCUUCAGAGAAGAUCGUGUUCCCGAGGGUCGUCGAGCAGUGCGGUCAACACCGCUUCAGACAGUAAGGGGACCACGAUUUCGAGCAGGAGUGAAGCUACGGCUCUGUCUGCUUCCGUAGGCGAGCGUCCGGCUCUCACAUCGAAUGAGAUUUUUUCUGGCGACAUCGUUUCUCCGAUCGUGCCAAGACAAAAUGAAUUUCCUUGCGAGGCUUCAGCUGCUUCAUCAAGUACACAAGGACAAGGUGUUGCACUAGUGACGAGUGCAUUGCCACCCGCCUCUAGCGACGAACAGAACGACGAGGAGGCAGGAAAUGAGACACGGGACGGCACCGGAGACGAAAAACGACGUCGGAGUCAUAGUCCGCGAAAAUUGACAUCGCUUUACCCUGACGACGAUGUGACAGGAAAGGUGGGAGAGCAUAUGCCCUACGUGUCUGAUACGCGCGAGGCAGCUCGCAAGCACGUAUAUGUCGGGAGUCCACGUGUUAACCAUAAUCGCAAGAACCAGCUUUCUCCAGACAAUCCUUUUCAUUCUGGGGACAGGACAAAAAAUGUUCCACCUCAGAGUUCCACGUCGUCUUCUUCACCAGCAAGAGCGAGUUCCACGUCGCCUCGUAUGGCACCCCUGCGGCCAACAUUGCUCGAAGGCCAAGAGAACGCACAGCAAGCACAACAAAGGGCAAGCUCUCCCAAGGCGAUCGCUCGAAGAAGCGAGGCUGCUGCCGCACGAAAUCCGUUUCAAGGCAGCAGGAAAUCGUCACCGUCCGCGGCCUUUGCCUUGCCAAACUCAGCCGGUAAAGACACGGAAAGAGGAUCUGUGCCUACUUCACCAGCUUAUUAUUGUCCUCCGUCAAACUGGACAACUAACAGUGCUGCCAAGAACACCACAACAGGGGCCAGAAAUAGUGGGGGGCCAGUCCGCAUGCGAUUCGACGCGGCAGCAUUGCGCUCUCAAAGUCCAUCGCCGACACCUUGUGUUGUCGCCGAGGACGCCAAUGCGGAAGCAGGACACUCGAGAACAUUGGCGAGUACAAAUAUAAUCAACACGAGCAACAGCAAAGAAGUAGAAUGGGGAUCUUGCUCACCCGUCCGACCGUUCAGUUUUUCGGGUCAUGAUGCUAUUCAAGCCAUGGUGGCGGACCUGAUGGAUAGUGAAAGAGUCUUAGGUGAAGACGACGAAAUGGAUACCCAAAAACAAGCGCCAGUGGUCCUAUCAUUGUCAUUUUCUUCGGCGGAUCCUUGUAGUCUAUCCUCCUGUCGCGACAAAAAGGCUAGCCCGGGUGCCAGAUCAGUGGAAAGCUCUUCAGCACUUCGUGGAAGCAGUUCGCGCUGUAGGCUCGGGGGUGGACUACAGAAUAAAUGGUCUCCAGCUACUCCAGAAAAUUCGUCUUCGUCAAAAUAUCUUCUCGCCUCAUCUCACAAGAAAAACAAUAGCUGCCGGGCCUUACCAGAUGACGCCAGCGCUCGGCCUCCAGCGCCGCCGGGAGCGAAGAAAUACGUUACAUCGCCUGGGCGCGAUGGCACUAAAAAUAGAGGCAUAGCAAGUACUAGUACUUCGCCAGGAUCUCGGCAAGCGCAAGAGCUACUCCAUAAAUUGCUGUACGAGCCACCGUUUCCUGUCACAAAAUCGAUGGAAGACCAUUCGGCUGUGGCAGCAAAUAAUAGCGUAAGCAAUGCUGGCGUGCCUGCACGCAGGAGCGAUGGAAAUCAGAAAGUGCAGAUGCAGUCGUCCAACAAGGAGCAGCGUAGGAAGAAGAUGAACGCAGUGUCUCCUUCUCCGAGAGCCGUUACGUCAAUUUCGCAACCUCGUCAGUCGAAUCACGAGAGCUCGCCACGACGUCCAGCUGUUGACGAGAACUACAAUCGUGCCAUUCAAAUUGAGAACUACAGCCCAAGCUCUCGACAGCAAACCUGCGCUCAGCAAUCUCCUCAAGAGCGGUCUUCGCCUCGAUUCGAUAUAUCGACGCUGGACUCAGUGCUGAAGCAGUUACGGGAGAGGAACAGACUAGGAGACACGCCAGAUAAAGUACAGAAGAGAUUCGAGACCAUUGCUUCAUCUGGAUCAUGCCUUAGCAUGGGCGACGGUGCUGAGGUCAUAGAGGUGGGACGACGGCCAGGGGCAGGCUGCGGCACCUCGGGUAUAAACGUAUGUCUGCUUCAGACAGAUCGUUCUGUGUAAGUACUUAAGUAUAUAGUAAACAUGUUUGUACUAGUUAAUAUGGUUUAUUUUAUCUUCAAGAACAAAAAACUUUAACCUACCUAGCUUGUUCUUAAAACAUCUGGAUUUUUUCGAAAUUGGUUUGUUCUCGUUGUUAUUUUUCUGCGUCGUCUACGUCUACAACUGAAUACUAGAAUAACAAUAUUUUUUUUCAUUUUUGUGAUUCAUAACCGCAACUACAUUGCCAUCGAAAGUGACACUUCAGGUUCUGACGUAGUCCUGCCAAAAUCGCCCAGUAUUGCGGAGCUGCCUAAAGUCGUUAAAAAAGAAAUCCCGUCAUCACCACGAACUGGAGGAGCAGAGGGGUCUUCGCGUGCUGGUGAAUCCUCGUCUCCGGUAAACACUCGUUUAGCUCCGAAUGUUGUAAUGACCACACCCCAACAAGGUGCGAUUCCGUUACUCGCGAUGGCAGCUGAAAGCGUAGCAGCUGAGAGAACAGGCGUAGACCUGGAGGAUAAAGGCGACGAAGCGUCCUCCGAUGCCAGCUGCGAAGAUCUAGAUGCGGUCAUUCGAAAAAGCGAAAAAUUGUUACGAUCUCUUCAUGAUGUUUUUUGAGAAUAUCUUUAGCUGCAGCAGCUCCUAGUAGUCCUAGCAGCUCUUUGUAGUUGCAGUGCAGAAAAAAAUAGAGUAGAAGAGUAGUUCUGCUUUUAUGUACAGUAGUCUUGGUAUUAUCUUCAAGAAGUUGUGAAAAAAUCCAAAGCCUUUCACGCUAUGUAUCUAUAUAUUUCCGAUGUAAUUUCUCAUACUGCUGUAACAUUUUUCUUCAUCAUGUGAGUGCAUUCCGAGUUUCGACGUCAUCGAUAUUAGAGACUAAGUAUUAAAUGAAGAGUUUUAGUUACGGAUUAUCAAUAUGAAUUUGAAUAACCUGAAGUCUAGCAGGUAAUGUAUUUGCCUUUCCAUCACGUCUGUCAGGAGACUACAUAUUGAAAAUGUACCACCACCUGUUGUACUUCUACUUUUGCAAGAUUGAUCGACUUGUUUGCAGCUUUUCUUGUUGUGAAUGCACUCUGUAUAGCUCAAGUUCAAGAUCGAUGGAAAAUUGGAGGUCGUAAGUUUAUUUUCUUUGAGACUGAUUCUGAUACUCGUCUACUUGCAGCAAAUAAUGAACAUACUUACUUACAUACAUAGUAACAAUGCAGCACCAGCAUGCUCAUUGUAAAAGAAAGGAACAACAAGAAGCACGACGAGCAUGAAGAUGAACUUUGUUAGUGCAAACAAGUGUCUCAACAGAGGACAUCGUCGAAUACCAGUGCACUCGUCGAAGAAUUAUACUCCUGCAUCGUGCUGAUGAAACUCGCCUCGCUCCCACUGGCACUCCAUUGCAGGAGCGGAAAUUUCGAUCCAG